CCUCGGCGGGAGGCGGGGCCUGGCAGGUCCACGGGCUGACGCGGAUCGCUGGCCGCGAGCAGGACUGCAGACCGGACCCGGGAGCCGAGGUGGACGGUCGCCGCCAUGAGCACCGUGGACCUUGCCCGCGUGGGCGCGUGCGUCCUGAAGCAUGCGACGACCGGGGAGGCCGUGGAGCUGCGGAGCCUCUGGCGGGAGCAGCCGUGCGUGGUGGCCGGGCUGCGGCGCUUCGGCUGCGUGUUGUGCCGCUGGAUGGCCCAGGACCUGAGCAGCCUGAGUGGACUGCUGAAGGAGAACGGCGUGCGCCUGGUGGGCGUGGGGCCCGAGGCGCUGGGCCUGCAGGAGUUCCUGGACGGCGGCUACUUCUCCGGAGAGCUCUACUUGGAUGAGACCAAGCAGUUGUACAAGGAGCUGGGCUUCAAGCGGUACAACAGCCUGAGCAUCCUGCCAGCCGCCCUGGGGAAGCCAGUGCGAGAUCUGGCGGCCAAGGCCAAGGCUGUGGGCAUCCAGGGGAACCUGUCUGGGGACCUGCUGCAGAGCGGGGGGCUGCUGGUCGUCAGCAAAGGCGGUGACCAGGUGCUGCUGCACUUCGUCCAGAAGUCCCCGGGUGACUACUUGCCGCGGGAGAGCAUCCUGCAGGCCCUGGGCCUCCCUGCCGAGCUCAGCAGCAGCGAGCCGCCCCAGUGUGAUGAGGAGGUGUGCGGGAGAUGAAGGCUUUGGGGGACCUGGAUGAGCCUGGAGCUGGAAGAGCCACCAGCGUGUGCAGAUCCUGGAUGCCAGACCUUGCCUGGGGCUGGGCAGCCUGAGCCAAUAAAGUGCCGUUCUGGGA